UGAUGCACACAAUGCUGGAAGCUUAGGAAGACGAGAGGCAAAGGGACUAACCAGAAGAAUUGAAUAUUCUUCAUUUAAGGUUAUUUCAUUGGAAGAUGAUUUCACAAUGCUGGGUUACCUAUGCAUCCCUAAUUCACAUAGCCUUUCGGAGUUUCUCAUAUGCACAAAAUAACAUUAACUGGGAGAUUCAGCGCUUUGAUGGCUGGUACAAUAAUCUUAUUCAACACGAGAGAUGCACUGCAGGUUCUAGGUUGAUGCACCUUAUGCCACCGGCCUAUUCUGAUGGAGUCUAUCAAGCUAGGCAAGAACCAAACCUACCCAACCCAAGAAAACUAAGCAAUGUGGCUAUGAAAGGAGAAUCUGGUCAACCCUCUCAGAGGAACCGGACAGUUCUGGGGGUGUUCUUUGGUUAUCAUGUGAUGUCUGAGAUAUUUAGCAUAGAGGACUUGGGAUGCCCAAUUGAGUUUUUAGACAUUAAAAUACCAGCUGGAGAUGAUGUUUUUGAUCCAGAAAACAAGGGCAAUGUGGUUCUUCCAUUUCGGAGAAGUAAAUGGUGUAAACUUAGUGGAAGUAGUCCAAAUAACCCACGAUAUCAGAUAAAUUCAGUAACUGCAUGGAUUGAUGGUAGCUCUAUUUAUGGUCACUCUCAUUCCUGGUGUGAUGCUUUGAGAAGUUUCUCUGGUGGAAGACUGGCAUCUGGAUCAGAUCCGCUAUUUCCAAGAGAAGCAGGUGACAUGCUUAUUAUGUGGAGACGAGCUCGGUAUACUGAAGAGAGCAAAGGAUCUGGAACAAUUUUGGGUUUCGGUAAUGCCAGAGCUAAUGAAAAUCCCUUCCUUCAAGCUGAAAGCAUAGUUUGGUUUCGAUACCAUAACUACUUAGCUAAUGAAUUUGCAAAAAUCCAUCCUGAGUGGUCAGACGAAGACUUGUUUCAGCAUGCCAGGAAAUGGGUAAUCGCCACUUACCAGAAUAUCUUAAUGUAUGAAUGGCUGCCUAUUUUUCUUCAGAAACAAGUACUGCCUUACCAGGGAUAUCGUCAACAUGUGGACUCCAGCAUAAGCAAUGAAUUUCAAGUUGUAGCUCAGUUCAUAUCAUCCUUGGUCCCAUCAGGUGUUUAUGCCAGAAAUAAAACAUGUAAUUUUGUAAACGUCACCGACUCUAAUGGUGGAAUUUGGCCUGUUUACCGUUUGUGUGAGAGCUACACCGGAAGACAGAGUCAAAACAUGCCAACACCCCAAGAUGUUGAAGCAUUGCUUUUUGGAAUGGCUUCACAAAUUGCUGAAAAUGAAGAUAGUGUUGUUGUUGAAGAUUUAAGAGACUACUGGUAUGGAUCUUUCAAAUAUUCCCGGACUGAUUACAUAUCCCACAGCAUUCAGAGAGGCCGGGACUUUGGGCUUUGCUGUUAUAACCAUGGAAGAGAAUACUUUGGACUGACACCUGUUACAAGUUGGCAGGAGAUUAAUCCAAAACUGUAUCAGAUUAACAGACAGUUGUUUGAUGACUUGGAUGUACUCUAUGACAAUGACAUAAGUAAAUUAGAGCUUCUUCCGGGUGCCAUGCUGGAGAGUUUUGGAGAUCCAGGGGAGCUUCUUACUGCCAUCGCUCUGGACCAGUUUCAGCGUUUGCGAGAUGGAGAUCGAUUCUGGUUUGAACAUUCAAGAAAUGGGUUGUUUACUGUAGAUGAAAUAGCCAAGAUCAAGAAUACUUCAUUUCUUGAUGUUAUUUUAGCUGUUACCGCUGCAGAGGUUGGAGAUAUUCAGCAGGAGGUUUUCACUUGGGUUGAUGGUGAUCCAUGUCCUCAACCAGAACAGAUAUCAUCUGCAAAGCUUGCCCCCUGUGCUCCUUUAAUAGUUGCUGACUACUUUGAAGGCUGCAUCUUUGGAUACAGUGCUCUAAUUGUAACCAUUUGUUCUUUUCCCUUAGUAAGUUUCUUUAUUGCCUGGAUAGUUGCUCACUCUCGUAAGAGGAACUUUAAAAAAAUUCAAAGUAAACAUGCUUUGCCCAGUACAAAGAAGGUCCUAUCAGCUGAAGGAAUUACAGCUCAAGAGUGGCAAGGAUCAAAAGAACCUUUGCGUGCCGUUCUCUUACAAAUCCACCCACAACAAGUGAUGAAGGUUUUGGACAGCCGGAACACAGUGAUUCGAACUAUUGCCAUACCAAGCCAUAAAAGGUUUAAUGUCAUUCAGUCUAAUAAUCGCGGAUGCAGAACUUUGCUGGUUAAGGUGCCCAAUGAGUAUGAUAUGGUGUUGCACUUCUACAGUGAGGAAGAAUGCAUAGGUUUUAUCAAUCAACUGCAAGAAAAUGGAUUUACACUUAAUAAACAAAAAAUAAAUGAGAACAUUCUGCUAAAGGAAGCUGUUACUAAAAAACAAAGAAGUCAGAUCCUGGAAACCUUCUUCAGACACUCCUUUUCUCAAGUUCUUGACAUUGAUCAGUCAGGCAUUGAACAUCUCAAAGCUGAAAGCACUUUAAAGGUGAGAGUGGCUCUCAAAUGUGAACUAAGCAGGACAGAGUUUGCAGAAUCACUGGGACUAAAGCCUCACUCCACAUUUGUGGAUUCCAUGUUCUCUCUUGCGGAUGAAGAUGGCAAUGGAUAUUUAUCAUUCAGAGAGUUCCUAAACAUACUGAUCAUUUUAAUGAAAGGAUCACCUGAAGAGAAAUCCAAAUUGAUGUUCACUAUGUAUGACAUUGAUGGCAAUGGAUUUCUUUCAAAGGAUGAGUUUUUCACUAUGCUGAAAUCUUUCAUUGAAAUCUCUAAUGACUGCAUUUCUGAAGAUCAAGCUGAGCAAGUCAUAGAAAGUAUGUUCAGAGAAGCAGGAUUUGACAACAAAACAGAACUGACGUGGGAAGAUUUCCAUUAUCUGCUCAGAGAUCAUGACAAGGAAUUGCGUUUUUCAAAACUGAAUUUUAAAGGUAUGGAUGGUUCAGAUGUCUUCAAUCACAUGUGCAGAAGAGUAUCGGGUAUUGAAAAACAUCCUGGAAAUAUGCUUGAAGAAAACCUAUACACAGAGGCCAAAAAAGAAAAAUACCAAAGAAGCAAAUUAUAUCAGAAAAUACAGGCAUUUAAACGUUUUAUUGAGAAUUACCGCCGGCACAUUGUUUGUGUGGUGAUAUUCUAUGGAAUUUGUGCUGGACUGUUUAUAGAAAGAGCUUACUAUUAUGCUUUCGAGUCGCAACACAUUGGUAUUGCGGAAGUUACUUUGCCAGGUAUCAUUGUAUCCAGAGGGUCAGCUGCAAGUAUCUCCUUUAUGUUUGCGUACAUUUUGCUCACUAUGUGCAGGAAUCUUAUCACUUUCUUCAGAGAGACCUUUUUGAAUCAGUACAUUCCCUUUGAUGCUGCAGUGGAUUUUCAUCGACUUAUUGCAAAAACUGCGCUUAUAUUAACAGUGCUCCACAGCGUGGGCCAUGCAGUCAAUAUUUAUAUGUUUUCCAUCACGCCUCUUAGUACUCUGUCCUGCAUAUUUCCUAAAGUUUUUCAAGAUGAUGGAUCUGAAUUUCCAAAUAAAUUUUAUUGGUGGUUUUUCCAAACAAUACCUGGAUUUACUGGAAUUCUCCUUUUGGCGGUUCUUGCAUUGAUGUACGUUUUCUCUUCACGGCAUUUUCGUCGAAUCAGUUUCCGUGGAUUUUGGCUGACACAUCAUUUGUAUACAUUGAUGUAUAUUUUGAUUAUUCUUCAUGGCAGCUUUGGACUUAUCCAGCUACCCAAGUUUCAUGUCUACUUAUCGGUUCCUGCUAUAGUCUUUAUUGGAGACAGUUUAAUAAGUCUGAGCAGAAAAAAGAGAGAAAUUAGUGUAAUAAAAGCAGAACUGCUUCCAUCAGAUGUGACAUUUCUUAAAUUUCAGAGGCCUAAUGACUUUGAAUACAAAUCUGGACAGUGGGUGAGAAUAGCCUGCUUGUCCUUAGGAACCAAUGAAUACCACCCUUUCACAUUAACCAGUGCUCCAAAUGAAGACUCGCUGAGCCUGCAUAUCAGAGCUGCAGGCCCAUGGACCACUCGUCUGCGUGAGCUGUAUUCUCCACAGAGCAUUGCCGAGCUUGGUAGUUAUCCAAAAAUAUAUUUAGAUGGACCUUUCGGUGAAGGGCACCAAGAAUGGAAUAAAUAUGAAGUAUCUGUAUUAGUUGGAGGUGGAAUUGGUGUUACUCCUUUUUCCUCAAUUCUCAAAGACUUGGUGUUCAAAUCAUCUGUGAAUACAAAGAUAGUGUGCAAAAAGAUAUAUUUUAUAUGGGUCACCCGUACACAGCGACAAUUUGAGUGGCUUGCAGACAUCAUAAGAGAAGUUGAAGAGAAUGAUGAACAUCAGUUAGUGUCUGUUCAUAUCUACAUCACUCAGUUUGCUGAAAAGUUUGACCUUCGUACUACCAUGCUGUACAUAUGUGAGCGGCAUUUCCAGAGAGUCCUAAAUCGCAGUUUAUUUACUGGUUUACGAUCUAUCACCCAUUUUGGAAGGCCGCAGUUUGUGCCAUUUUUCACUUCUCUGCAGGAAGUUUAUCCAGAGGUUAAAAAAGUUGGGGUAUUCAGUUGUGGGCCUCCAGGGAUGACCAAAAAUGUGGAAAAGGCUUGCCAAAUCCUAAACAGAAGGGACCAGACCAAAUUCACUCACCAUUUUGAAAAUUUCUAGACAACAUUAAUGGCAGACUCUGGAAACGUUUGAAUUGCAUCUCUCUAUUGAUUUGUGUUUUCUUCCUCCGUUCAUUGAAAUCACCUAUGC